GCAGCGAUAUCACCACCAGUGCACCGGAUUUGUGCCGGCUCAUUCACUUUUCCCUUCGCGCUGCGCCUCUGAAAGCGCGCGACAGGAACAAGCACGCCGGGAGAGGCGUCGAAUGCCGUGCGGUGUGCACUCUUCCUUUCUCGUCUCUCUCCCCCCCCGCUUCUCGGCGACCCCUCGCCAGAAAAGGCCCGUUUGCUUGUCUCCCGCCGUCCCGGCCCUUUGCCAACCCCACGAGGCGGAAGUGCAGGCGAUCCGAGUCCGCAGGAAACUUUCCUUCCCGUACCGUCUCUCAAUUACUAGAACGGUGUACAAGAGGUAUCGACGCUUAGUGGAAGAAUGAAAACGACACACGGGAUUAAAUGAUAUCUGUUCACCCGUUACCUGCUGCCCUCCUUCCUCCUUGCCGCCUUCCUGAAUGCGGAGUCGCCGACCAGAGAUCUUCUGCUGUUUCUCUCUUUCUCUCUUUCUCUCUCUCUACAUAUAUCGGCUGGCUGUUCUCCACGCGCACGCUGCCGUGGAGCCGCGCCACGCUACCUCACGCCCAGUGCGCCGUUGCCCCCACCUUCUACGCAUCGUGCCCCCUUCCCUUCCCUUCCCUUCCGUCUCUCCCUCCCUUGUGUGUGCGCCUCUCGUCCCCCGCACCUCAGGUGCAUCGCACGCGUUACUUUACCAAAGACACGAUCAACGUAAAAUCGAAACACAAGUCACGUAUAUGUCAGCCAGAUAGAGGGAGCAGUAUAUAGAAAAGUAGAAGAUAUAACAGGUGUAGCCUUCUUCACCUCUCCUCUCGCAAGUUCUCAUUUUUUCUUUCCGUUUUCCUAAGGGGAUGAAGUCGCGUGCAGCGCAGCGGCAGGGAGGAGAGAACGCCCACAACGUGUCUCCGGCCUCCGAUGCACUUCAUCUGGGUGUUGCGCAUGCGCUGACCCCCAGCGAAGGAGCGACGGUUGCCGUGCUCACGGAGGGAGGUGCGCAAACCCGUCUCUUGGCGAAUGACGCUGCUGCUGCCGCCGUUGUUGCUGAGGAGGGUGAUGACCCCGAGGCUAGCGAGGAUGGUGAGCACAUCUCUCAGCAGCACGUCUGGCCGCGUAGCUGCUCCUACCCACUCGUUGGCGGUGUUCGCCGUUUGUGCCAAUCGACAUUGUUUUUUCUCACGCGCUCAUUCUCGGCGGCUCCCCCCGCUACGCCCGCCGCAGCACCUCCGUCGUCCGCAUCAGCGCAGGCGGGCACGGCUGGCCGCCCCUCGCGCUCCGUGCGGAAGCGACCGUCUCCUUUCCGCGGUGCCGUCUCCACCCUUCGCGCACGUGCGCGACGCCACCCCGUUCUCUGUGGUGUGUGUGUGUGUAUCGUUGUGGUGCUGGUGCUCAUCGCCGCGGACGCGUUCCUCAGCCUCGUCGCACAGAUGAUGCACCUGCCGUUGGGUGGGGAUGCCGGUGAGCUACGAGGCGCGGACGCGACCCGGCAGCGGCAGCCCACCGCACAGGGAGGGGCAGGGGCGAAGACACCGUCACAAGACAGCGGUCACGCGUCUUGGCUGACCAGCUCACUCUUCACCGUCGUGUCCUUCCUCUUCCCCACGGCGGUGGCGAUGUGGAGAGAGAUGUCGCUGCGCGAGCCGGACAUCUCGGCGGUGUAUUUGUAUGACGAUGCAGCGGCGGCGGUGUACCGAGAUCACAACGUGCUCGAGCGCGCAUAUUUGCCGCGUCAUGCGUUGCCGUGGGUGACGAUCGAUGCAGCGGUGUUUCGCACGCCGGCGGAGUGGGCGCGUGCGCCGCUGGGCCGCGACGACCUGCUGCCCUUCCCCGCGUCUCCCUCGGCCGCACCGCAGGCGGAGGCGAGCGGUGGUGCCGCACCUGCGGGGCAGGAGAGCACAAGGCUGCCGCCGGAGAUUACGGUGACGGUGUAUUCGCCGGCUGGCACUUUCCGCAGCUACUACUGCGCGGAUGAGCCCAACCGCACCCGCGUGGAUGAAGAGCUUUACAUGGACCCCGCACGCAGGGCGGUGCUCGACAGCGUUUUUGCCGACUCCCCUGCGGCGUUGAAGGCAGCGCAGACCGGUGCGCCGAAGCGGGCGUCGGCGGCCGACUUGCGGUGCCGUGGCUGCACGUUUCAGUGCGUCCACCCCCGUUUUCUCCGGGGUGCGCGUGGGCGUGGCGGUGCGGCGGCGGCGCUUGCCGGCGACGUGGUGGACGGCGGCGCGCUCUCGUGGGAUGUGUCGUUGGAAGACGUCGACGCAGGGCUGAUCCAACUGCCGGGUGACAGCGAGGGUGGCAACCACAACGGCAGCAGCAGCAUCGUCACUGUCACACGGAACGAUCUCUUCACCUGCAAGAUGGUGUACGCCAAUGACGGCCCGAACCCACGCGAUGUGGCUAUGCGUCGUGCCCUGCUGCUGUCCACGGACGUCUGGCUGGCUCACUACGGCGGCGCGCUGCCAUUCUAUUACGUGAAUUACAGCACCGCUGCCACGCUGCUUCCACACGGCGCGAGCGGCGGUCUCAACACCACGACCGCGUCGUCGCUGCCGCCUUCCUCCCCCUAUUCGCUCGUGCGUCUGCUGCCUCUGCACACCGUUGGGGCGUACGAGGAAAGCAUUCAGAGCUUCCCCGGUUACGCGCUGUGGCAGGCCCACUGGACACAGUUCGAUGCCGUGUAUAUGCAGCAGAGGGUGCGCCGUCCCUCCCUGCUGCCGCGACCGCGGGGAUGGCGAGCCACCUCCCCCACCGCAUCUGGAAAGGCAGCGGCGGUUCCCCCGGGCACCAGUUUCUCCAUGUGGGGUCACGUGCACUUGGUCCUGCACGAGUUUCAGCUGAUCGUGUUUCUCAACCAGCAGCUGCGAGCCGCACGGGCCGCGGAGCCGCAGCGGGAGUCCCUCACCGAAAACGAUGCCCCGUCCCUCAUGGCGGCGGCCUCGGGUGUGAUCCCGCGGAUGGCUGUGGAGCUGCUGCACGGCGCGGACACGAUGCUGCUGCCUAUGGAAGACGAGAACUUCCACGUACCCGCGACUAGCGGUGUCCGCUGGCGGCCCCCCUCGGUCGCGGACUGGAGCGGGACUCCGCCGCACAACACCACCCACGAGCCGCGCAAACUGCUGCUCCCCUUUUCCGCUGGUGGCCGCAUCCCCGCCAUCGCCGCUGCGAUCAGCAACUGCUGGCAUGGGCGGAUGUGGUGGCUGUCGGAGCUGUCGCGUUACUAUCCGGUGCACAACUUCGGCCGAUGCAAUAUCCCGCCCCCGCCGCCGAUGCCGGGAGACGCGGAGCCGCCCUCUGCCGGGGGCAUCCCGCAGCGGGUGCGCUAUGGUUUCCCUGCCGAGUGCAAGGCGCAGAAGAUCUACCCACACCACGACUCCGCCAUGGAGCGCGCUCGGCGGAGGCUGAGUUCUUCAUUUCCUGCUGUGGGGCGGCCGCGUAGCCUGUCACACGAGAACCGCAAUCACGAGCUGCGCUGCGUCUUUCGCAAGUACAAGUACGUCCUGGCCUUUGAGAACACGGUGGAGGAUGGCUACGUGACGGAGAAGGUGUACAACGCGCUGCUGAGUGGCGCACUGCCCCUGUAUGUGGGCGCCAUGAACAUCGACCAGUACGUGCCGCAGGGCGGGUCGCGUGCGGGGAGUCAGCACCCCCAAUCUUCUCCCCCCUCUGCGUCUCCCCCGCCCGUACUGUCUGUCUUACCCGUCCUUCAGAUGUUCCCCAUUUUGAACGAGACGGCGAUGCGGCUGGAGGACCGACGGAUAGUGAAGUUGCACGAGGAGGAGGAAGCCAUUUCCGGCGAGGUGUUGCGGACCCAUGCGGCGACGCUUCGCACUGAUGCUGCGCAGGCGCGCCGUGCAGCGGCCACGUCCCCCAGCCAGAGGAACGUCAACAACGGUGGUCGUCCGCCUGCCGAUGCAGGAACGCACGAGACGAUGGAGGCGACGGCGACGUUGGCGGAGUGGACCGCGCGGGCCAUGGAGGCGGUGGCCCGGCAGGCGCCCAACAACAGCUGUGCAUCGCACUUCCUGCUGUACAACACGGCGCCGUCGACUGCCGUGCCGGAGGCGAAGGACGCGGGCAGUGCAGUGGAGAGUGUGGCGGAUCUGCCGUUCCACCUCCCGCUGGGGACCUGGCCGGCAGCGAAUGCCGCCGCCGCCACCCCCCCUGCCUCGCCCGGUGAGACGGCGCUGACGGAGGCGGGCGCGGACCGUCGCACCGCAUCUGGCUUCCCGUCGUUUCUGUGGCGCCUCCAUCACGACCUCACUCGCCGCUUGAAUCUGCACGCGCAAGGCGGCGGCACGGAGGAGAGGGGCGAGAGGAAAAAGACGGCCACGAAGACGCAGCCGAAGCAGCGCUCCGUGACCAUCUUCUCGUAUCCCUUCAUCGAUCUCUUCGCUAACACCGCGCGUGGGUUUGCGGAGGAGGUGGCGGCUGCGAAAGCGAAAAGCACACGAGUGUCCGCAAAUGCAGUGGGCGAUCAGCUGCCGCGUGGCACGCCCGCGCUACCGGAUCGCAUCGAGGCCUUUCACGACUACGACGACACCGAAUUACCGGCGGGCGAGACAGGGAAGACGAGCCGCGAGCGUGCCGCGGCGGGGAACACGACGCAGGGGGUGUGGCUCAGUCGGGGAAACGCCUUCUCUGAGUAUUACGUGCGCCGUCGUAUCCCACCCGCCGCCAAGUAUGAGGCGGCUGUGCGUACGAGCGACGGACCACCGAUGAGCGGCUUUGCGCAGCUGGCGGCGUACCUGCGUGCACUGGAUGCCGAUCCUGGCUUGGUGGAGCAGGCAGGUUACUUCGACUGGUGGAAGGCGGAGAGGAUGGAGGACUUUGGCGGGGCCUUCUUGGAGAAGCUGUACAUUCCGCACCCCAUCUGCUCAAUCUGCGCCGGUGCCUUGGAGAAGAAGGAACGAAGAGGACUCGCGUGA